GCGACAGUGUCGUAGCCGCUGGCCGCCGCGCUGGGCGGCGGCGCGGCCGCGAUGGCGUCUCCCUUCAGCGGGGUGCUGCAGCUGACGGAUCUGGACGAUUACAUCGGGCCCUCGCAGGAAUGUAUCAAACCUGUAAAGGUGGAAAAAAAGCCUGGAAAAGCAGCAGCUAAGAUCAGAAUUGAAGCUGAUGGAAGCUAUUUUCAGAUCAAUCAGGAUGGAGGAGCACAAAAACUGGAAAAGGCUAAAAUUACUCUGAACGACUGUUUAGCUUGUAGUGGCUGCAUUACAUCAGCAGAGAGUGUUUUGAUCACCCAACAGAGCCACGAAGAGCUCUGCAAAAUGCUGACUUUUAACAAGACUGCCACUCCCAGUGAACGGAAAUUGGUGGUGGUUUCUGUUUCACCACAGUCCAGAGCUUCACUAGCUGCAAGAUGUAAAAUGGAUGUUCUGGAAACAGCGAAGAAGUUGACUGCGUUCUUAAAGAGUUUAGGUGUGCACUACGUUUUUGAUACAACCUUCUCAAGAAACUUCAGCCUAUUGGAGAGCCAACAAGAGUUUGUGAAACGCUUUCGAAAGCAAUCUGAAGACAAACGGGCUUUGCCAAUGCUAGCUUCUGCCUGUCCGGGUUGGAUCUGCUAUGCAGAGAAAACCCAUGGCAGUUUCAUCAUUCCUUACAUCAGUACCACCAAGUCUCCACAGCAGGUCAUGGGCUCCUUGGUCAAGGGCUAUUUUGCAGAACAGCAGCACUUAACACCUGACCAGAUAUACCACGUAACAGUGAUGCCCUGUUAUGACAAAAAGCUGGAGGCCUCAAGGCCAGACUUUUUCAACCAGGAGUACCAAACUCGUGAUGUGGACUGUGUAAUCACCACAGGAGAAGUGCUAAAGUUGUUGGAACAAGAAGGAGUGUCUCUGUCAGAUGUAGAUCCUGCUCCAUUGGAUACCAUGCUCGGCGGGGCGGCGGGAGAGGCGCUCACCAGCCACGCAGGAGGUGGUUCCGGCGGCUAUUUGGAGCACGUAUACAAACACGCAGCCAAGGAGCUCUUUGGAAUUCAAGUGGACACAGUUCAGUACAAACCUUUAAAAAACAAGGACUUCCAGGAGGUGACACUGGAGAAGGAUGGAGCAGUCCUGCUCCACUUUGCUUUGGCAUACGGGUUUCGGAACAUACAGAACUUAGUGCAAAAGCUGAAGCGAGGGAAAUCGCCCUAUCACUACGUGGAAGUCAUGGCCUGCCCGUCAGGCUGUUUAAAUGGCGGUGGUCAGCUCAAACCAGAUGGCGAAUCCAGCAAGGACCAGCUUCAACAAGUCGAGAGGUUGUACGAGUCUCUUAGGGCAGCAGUUCCCGAGGAGAACCGGGCUGUGAAGGAACUGUACGAGCAGUGGCUGGGAGGCGUGGGCUCGGGGAAGGCUGCCAGAGCUCUGCACACGGAGUACCACGCGGUGGAGAAAACAAGCACGGGGUUGAACAUCAAAUGGUAAAGCUCAGGGGCCAAGCCACUCGGUGCCUUUUUGACUCAGCUGUAGGUGAAGAUUCUCAAAGGGCAGUGAAGGUUCCGGGGCGGCACUGGGACUUGGCAAUUUCUGCCUCUCGGUGGGGACAAGAAGGUAACGCGCGCACAAGCUGGCAGCAUGAAUUCCCACAGCUUCACAAUUAUUGAAGCGAUGGAAAGAAAAAACCCAAACGCCGAUUUAAAGCCCCCGUCCAGAGGAGCAGCAGGGCAGCCCAGCCUCGGCGGACCGAAUCUGUGCUCCCCCCCUGCCCCCGUGCCUCCCCGAGCGGGCGGAUUUUGGGUGCUGGAGGCUUUGGCUCACGGGCGGCUGCGGCCUCGGCGCGGUGAGCGUUGUGGUGAGCGUUGUGCCACGUGCCUGUUCCUCGCCCCCAGGCCUCGCGGGGUGGUGGCAGCGGGGAGUUUUAGGGCUGGCUCUGUCGGGAUCACCCUCGUUUAGUUACAAAGGCUCUAAUUAGACCUUCGGGUCUGGUUUGCCACUUGGCUGCCCCUGAGCUCCAGCUGCAGCAGCUUUGCCCUGGCAGAGGGGGUGGGGACCUGCAGCCACGCUGGGGCUGACAAGUGGCCUGAGUGACUGUUCCAGAAGAAAAAGAGAGUCUUUUUUUUUUUUUUUUUUUUUUUUUUCUUUAAUUAUAACAAUUGUCUGUAACUGCAGGCAAUUACAUCUCUCUUUCUCUCCCUCAAUACACAGUAGAGUGAGUCACAGAACUGUCACUUCUACCCCAUCCUCAACAGCCGGUUACUGACAGAGAAUAUCCUUAAAUUCGGAGAAAACCCCUUUUUUUCCAGUGUUCCAAGUAGAGAAUUUAUUGCCAACUUUCUUUCCAAGGAAGGACAAAGCCCUUGGUGUCUCUGAAAGGUGUUACUUUACAAAAGUUAAUAGAAGGCGGCUGCGAGAUGUAAUCAUUACAACAAGUAGUUUACCAGAACAAUCCAAGAGGUCAGUAAAAACACAGCUGGUUUAGCGCAGCGUGGGGGGACGCCGUGCCAGGAGACAGAUGGAUGUGAAACAGAUUUGGCCGUUCGUUACCGGAGCCGACGUGCGCCUGUCUUGCUGUCUGUAUUUUUACAUACGGGUAUUUUCAGCAGAUAAUAACCUUCAGAGAAGAACAACUGAACGACUAA